UGACGUACGGUGCGUCAAUGCGGUAGUAGUGGACGGUGGAGUUUUCGCUGUAGGUGAGUGUUGGAGAGGUCUGCCCGGCGCUAGCGUCCUGAAACUGACACCCAACGGCCCGCAGGGAUUCUCGGGGCCGCCCUAGGUCGGUGAAAGAGCCAUGGGGAACGCGGAGAGCGGCUGCGGCGGAGGCAGCGGCGACGAGGAGGACGUGGAGACGGAGAGCCCCGGCUUCGCGGAAGACAGUCCGGCCUCUGCGGCCACUGGCGGCGGUGUCGGAGGCGGCGGAGGCUCCGCGUCUGGAAGGAGCGGAAGGGGACCGAACAGCCUGCCCGUGCCGACCGGCGGACCACCCAACCCCGGGGUCCUCCUGGAACAAGUGAAGCUGAGAGAAGCGGCGGCCCGUAUCAGCGACUCCGGGGUCGCCAUUCACGAGUCGGUGCUAGCCGGGAACGAGGGUGUCCUGGUGCGGUGGCUGGAGGACCGGCUCAACCGAGGAGAGGAGUCCGUCAACGUGGAGCAGUUCUGUGAGGUGUUGGAGACCAGGGACGCCCCCAGAGAUGAAUGUGAAGAGGCUUUUGGACAGUUCGAUGCAGAGGGAGAUGGGGUGGUGGACGUCGAGAGCAUGCUGAUUGCUCUGAAGAACUCCAAUGGAGCUAAUCUACAGGGAGAGCUGAGUCAUGUGAUAAGACAGCUACAGGCAUGCUCUCUAACCCCAGGUUUUGUUGACAUAUUCUCCAAAACCAAAGACCGGUUAGGGGCACAUGCUUCUAAGAUCCUUAAGUUUCUACACAGGAAUCGUAUUCCCAGCAGUGCCAUUCCUUUCCCUUUAUUAGAGGGCUACAAUAGUAUCUGCACCAUGAGGUCCAGUGUGGUCCAGGACUUCUUGGAAUUCCUCUUGCAAAAGGAGAAAGAUUUAGAUAUUCAAUACAGAGCAGAGCUCGACCGUGAUCCAGAGGUUGACAAAGUCAAGGUGGUCACACAGUGCUACAGCACAAUAGAAGCUUCAUCUAAUGUUGCUGACAUCUACAAGAUGACAAAUGGAGAGACUGCAUCUUUCUGGCAAUCAGACGGCAGUGCACGCUCACACUGGAUUCGAUUGAAAAUGAAACCAGAUGUGGUAUUGAGACGUCUGGCUAUUGCUGUAGCUUCCAAUGACCACAGCUACAUGCCUCAGCUGGUCUCAGUUGCUGUGGGGAAAAACCGGCGUUCCCUGCAGGAAAUCAGAGAUAUCCGAAUCCCCAGCAAUGUCACAGGCUACGUAGCUCUCCUCGAGAAUGCAAACAUCACACACCCCUACAUCCAAAUCAACAUUAAGCGGUGCCUGAGUGAUGGAUGUGACACACGGAUUCAUGGCCUGAAGACUCUCGGCUAUCAGAUUACCAAGAGCAAAGAGGUGUCUGUUUCUGACGCUUCGGCCAUCUGGUACCUGUCUCUCCUCACCUCCUUGGUCACUGCGUCCAUGGAGACAAACCCUGCACUGGCUCAUACUGUCCUACAGAGCACACAAAAAGCUUUACGGCAUAUGCCGCCGUUGUCCCUCACGCCGUCAUCCACAGAGUUCCCCAAGUUCUUCUCUUUGAAUAUCCUGGAGGAGGUGGAUGGAUUUCUGCUCAGGAUAGCUGACUGCUGUGUAAGUCCUGAUGCAGAACUGACCCUCCUGGCCUUCGCUCUGGCCAGAGGGAGCGUGGCCAAAGUCCUCCAGGCCCUGUCCUGCCUCAGUGACCAUUUAGAGACAGAGUACCGGGCCUCCACCCUCAUCGUGUCUAUGGCCUCUGUUAGGCUGAGACUACUCUACCGCAACGGGAAGCCCCUCCAGCUGCACCUACAGGCCUGUGAUGUAAAGAGCAAAGAGGAGAAAUCAGGACCAGAGAACAUGCUCACAGAAUCUUCAACUGGAGACGGUUUUCUCACAGAGAGCGGCAGGAAAAAAGCCAGUGUGAUCCUGUCAACAGAGGACCAGAGCAACUUCCAGGUCACUCAGAUGAAGAUCAAAGUGCGAAAAGGAGCCAUUGGUGCAAAAUGUGGCUUUGUGUUUGCCUACAAAGACGAAGACCCCUUUGAUGCAGAGAAACAUUUCAAGAGGUUCAAAAAGUAUGAUGAGUGGGACUACACGGACUACAAAGAGUUUGUACAAGACAAUGUAAGGAUUCCAGCACAGUCUGAGGACGAGCCCAUUGGCUGGUUUGAGCUUGAGGAGGACUGGAACGACAUAGAGAUCAAGCUGCAGCAGUGUCGAGUUGCAAAGUUCCUGAUGGUGAAAUUCCUCUGCACCAGGCAGGACUCGGCUGAGCGCCUCGGUGUGCAGUCCAUCAGCUUCAGUGGCUACCUGUGCCCUGGGGCAGAGAAGCUGGGAGACCUGGACGACCUCAGUCCAGAGGGAGAGAGCAUUGACCGUGAUGUGGUCACUGGACUGUGUUUACUGAACAAAACACUGUUCUUCAUUCAACAGCUGACACGAGACAUGGAUGCCUCUCACUUCAAGCAGAAGUAUCUCCUGGACUUCAGUGGUCUCAGCCUCAAUCGCUUCUGGAACUUCUACAGUAAACUCAGGGAGAUUGAGGGUGAGGAGGUGUUGAAGAGCAGGGUUCUGCUGCUGCAGUUGAUGCAGAACUGUUUUCCCAUGCUACCCAACCCAGUGGAGUCCCAGGGCCCAGAGGAGAGCAGAGUGCGAGAUGAAGGAGCCGCAGCAGCAGCUGGUCCAUCCACGUCCAGCAGUGGAGAGCCUCUGAAUGACAGUGUUCGGGCUGUGUGGGAACUCUACACUCACCUCUGCCAAAUUGUUGAUGGUCCAGAGGGUGAAUCAUUAGUGGAAAAAGCUUUGCACAAGGAAGCAGUCAAGUCUAUUCUUAAUGGAGCUGCUGUUUUCUUCCCUGAUAAACACGUCAGACGAGACAAACUCUUCCACAUGAUGAAGAAUAUUACUGAAGAGGAUCAGCCGGAGUCAGUCAAGGUGACGUUUGAAUCACUUUGUAAUUACUUCAGUGACCAGGAUCCAAGUGGCCUUCUCCUGCUCCCACCUAAAGGAGCUCCCUCAGACUUUGACAUCAGCCCCAUACUGUCAGUCAUGGAGACGUUGCUGCUGGUGGCAACACGAGAGUGUGAGGUUAUGAUGGUGGAUGAGAGUAGAAAAGCCAGUAGGACGGUGCUGUUGUCCUUGUUCUGGGCACUACAGGGUAGUCUGCUCUCAUGGUGCUACCUGCAGCUCAAAGGAGGAACUUCCACAGCUGUUGCUAUGGAGCUGGCAAGAGGCAUCCUAAUAAAAUAUGUGGAUCAGUUCCUUGGAAGCAUCAAGACGAUUCUCGGUUCCCUGCUGGAGAGAUACACUGGUGCUCAAAUCACUGACAAACUUGGCAGCUCCAUCCUAGCCACAGUCUUCAGACAACUGAUGAUCUUCCUCCUGGAGCUGUGUUCUCUGGACAUCCCUCACAGCGUGUUGCUGAAGAGCUUCUCCUCUCUGGUCGAGCUGCUCAAAGGUCUAUCCAGUGACACUGGAGACAUAUUUUCUAAGGUGGACCAAGAGAGCUGGCACCAGCCCCAGCAGCCAGUGGUCCUGAGGAACUGGAAGAUGGAGUCUCCUCACAACUAUGAGAACAGCCGCCAUGAGACCAACAUAUUUGCCUGCCCCGGUGCUUCCUCUUUUGAGGUGGAGUUUGACGAACGUUGUGAGACAGAGAAGAGGUACGACUACCUAGAAUUCACAGAUUCUAGAGGAGGCAAGGUCCGCUACGAUAUGAAAGUCGGAACUGAGAAGUGGCCAAAGAAAGUGACAUUCGACGCUGGCCCUCAGCUACAGUUCCUCUUCCACUCUGACAGCAGCAACAACGAGUGGGGUUACAAGUUCACAGUGACAGCGCUGGGACUGCCAGACAUCACCAUAUCUUGGAUGUCAGACUUACAGCUGCUGGUGGCUCGUCUGAUGGGUCGUCUUGCAUCAAGAACUCUGGCACUGAAAUCCCCUCAUGAGAUGCGCACUGUAAAAGAGCUUCCAUCUUGGAAAAUGUCCCACGUUCAGUCAUCUCCUUUAUGGAAGCCUAUCCUGCGACACGGACUGUGUGAAACCAGGGAAACGGGUCAUACUAAUACACCCACAGAUCAGACAAAUACAUGGUCUUCUGAUGACUUAAUUAGCUUCCUGGAGGACUUUGCUCGUUGGAACCCCUCACAGGAACUGACAGACAAUAGAAAGGAGCUGAUGAGGAAGCUCAUGCACUCCUGCAGAAAACAGACGAUCAGGAACGAGAUAGCGGCUGGUUCAAAGACGGACCAAGCUGUGAACGCCAUUUGGGCAGCCAUGGUGUACCACACACCAGCCCUCAACUGUGCCCUGAAGACCUACGUUAAUCAGGACAGCAAAUCCUGUCUAAGUGAAGAGUUUGUGCAGGUGUAUUCAUUAGCCGACAGCAUCAGAACGUGGAUGCUGGAGAUGAAACAGAGAUAUCUAGUUGGCAAAAUGAAUGAAGAGAAGGAAAGUAUUCUUGAUGAGUUUACUAUGGAGACAUUAGCUGAGAUUUGUAUUGAGAAGAGCCUCUUGCUGUUCAGAUUUGCCCCUUGUGGAGUAACAUGCCAGGACAUUGACUCUGUCAAAGCUGCAGAGGGCAGCAGUGUGCCAUUCUUACGCUCAAGUUCGAUCUCAGAAGGAGACUUCCAGCCCAGCUCCUCUCCGGUACCUCAGACUGCAGGGGCUGAGGAAGGUGGUGAGGCCAAAAUUGAACGGAGCAACUCCUCCGGUGCUCAAGCUCAAAACCCAACUUCCUGUGGGCACAGUCGACAAGGCCACAGAGGCUCAUCAGAGAGCCUCUCAUCCCAGACAGGAGAGCCAGCCUCGCCCUCCACCAUCCCCCGUAAACCUCUAUUCAGUCGGGCACGCCUACGCCUCCUGUCCUGUCGAUCUAUAGAGGAGCCCCGCAUGAUCCCUUCCAUCAAGGAUCGCUACCCAAUUCUCAAACAUAUCCUAAACUUCAUAAGGGACCAGUCUCUCACAACUGCAAGCAUUCUGCAGACACUGUCCCUAAACAAAGCCCAGGCUCUCAGUGUGUGCAAGGUCCUGGAGAUGGUUCAGCAGUGUUUACAAUCCCUGGGGAAGCCACACCUUUUCCAAGCCCCUUGCAUCUUGUUCUUACAGGAGCUACUGGCCUGCCAGAAAGACUUCACCUGUUAUUUCUCCCACCUGUCAGACAGUGGGCAGAAGCUUGGAGAGGAGGUGAGGCGUUCCUACCAUCACUUGGUGCUCAUGCUUGUGGAGGCGGUACAAGGCUUCAGCGGCCUCAAUGAGAAAGCCCUGCUCCCAGCCCUGUCAUGUGUGCAGACCUGCUUGUUGCACCUCCUCGACAUGAACUGGGAGGUACACGACCUACCUCUCUUCCUGAACAUCAAGCUUCCUGACCUCCUGCUCACCAUGUCCCAGGAGAACAUCAGUGUUCAUGACAUCGCCAUCAGUCAGUGGACAGAGGAAGAUGAAAUUACAGACUACAAGAAGAACCAGGAGUGGAUGGAUGAAUGUAUGGAUGGAAUGUUUGAGAAGUGGUACGACAAAAUCGAUGAGGAAGACUCCAUGGAGGAUAGGAGAAAGAUGCACAUGUUUAUUGCACGCUACUGUGACCUGCUCAAUGUUGUCAUCUCCUGUGAUGGCUGUGAGAGGAUGGCACCAUGGCAUCGCUAUAGAUGUCUGCAGUGCAUGGACAUGGACCUCUGCAAGACCUGCUUCCUCAGCGGUGCCAAGCCUGAAGGCCACGAGGAUGACCACGAGAUGGUGAACAUGGAAUAUGCUUGUGACCAUUGUCAGGGCCUCAUUGUGGGCAGUAGGAUCAACUGCAACGUGUGUGAAGACUUUGACCUGUGCUUCGGGUGUUACAAUGCUAAGAAGUAUCCUGACAGCCAUCUGCCCACCCAUCGGAUCACAGUGUACCCCAUGGUGACCAUACGAAUCAGUGACCGCCACCGCUUGAUCCAGCCCUACAUCCACAACUACUCCUGGCUCCUGUUUGCUGCUCUGGCCCUGCACACAUCAGAGCUGAGCAGUGAGAAGCAGACGGGUGGAGAGUCGCUGGAGAGCAACGCAUUGAGCCAGGCCUCAGCCCUGCAGACACACUGUUCCCAACUCAUCACUGACUGUUUGCUGAAGGGGCAGACGGGCAAAGGUCUACGGUCCUCCGCUUUGCUUGCUCUGCUGUCCUCCAAUGAAUCAGCCUCUGAUAGUGAGCUGUGUCCAGUCUCUCCAGAGUCCUCUCAGGAGCUCAGUACAGCCACUGACACCUCCUCUCUCCCAGGCAGCACUGCGGCAAUCUGCUCCCCAUCAUCCCCCAGGGACAAGUGUAAGCCAUCAGGCAAGGAGAAAAAGACAAAGGAGGUGGGCUCUCCUCCCCCUGCUCUUCCAGAGGUGUUGUCGCCCCAAAGCACGGGUGAAGGAGAGAAAAAGAGGCUGGUUACUCAAGACACUCUGGAUUCCCCAAGUCUUAGCCAGACACCCUCUGUGUCCAGCGAGGACCCUCUCUCUCCUCUGGUCCGGCCAUCUGAAUCUGGACCAGGGACAAUCAACUCCCCAGCAUCAGAUGUUGUAAAGGAGACUGAUGAGAGGCUGCCGCAGGUUCCCCUCCAGGAGCAUGUGUUUUCAGAAUGCUCCAGAGAGAGGAUCCUUGGACUUCUUGCAGCCAUGCUGCCCCCAGCCAAACCAGGCUGCACCCUGUGUCUGCCCAGUCUGAGUUCCAUCUUGCCGCAGCUUUUCAGAGCAGUCAUCUCCAACGCUGGCUCUCUGAAUGAGACCUACCACCUCACGCUUGGACUUCUGGGUCAGCUGCUGCUCAGAAUCCCUCCAAUGGAGGCCGACAUUGCAGUCACAGAGGCUCUAGCUGAUAAAUACGAGUUGCUGACACAAGGAGAGGCCGCCACUUCAGACACCGAGGGUUGGAGGACCACUCAGCUGCUUUUCAGCCUCGGAGCCGUCUGUUUAGACAGUCGUAUUGGUCUGGAUUGGGCGUGCACAGUUGCAGAUAUUCUACACAGUCUGAACACUUGUCCUGAGUGGAGCCCGGUCAUCGCUGCCUUCACUGAUCAUUGCGUUCAGCAGCUGCCGCAAACUCUCAAGCGCACCAACCUCUUCACCCUUCUGGUGCUGGUGGGCUUCCCUGAGGUGCUGUGUGUGGGCACCCAGACAGUGUUUAUUGAUAACGCCAAUGAACAGCACAACAUGAUCUUGCUCAAACACUUCACGGAAAAGAACCAUGCAGCAGUGGUGGACGUUAGGACACGCAAGAGAAAAACAGUGAAGGACUACCAGCUCAUCCAGUCUCAGGAGUCCACCCCAGCCAGCCUGCCAGGACAGUCAGAGGACCAGGGAUCCCCAAAGACGCUGCUCAGCCGCUACCUGAGCAAUUUCACCUCCAUCAUCAGCCACCUGCUGCAGACCAGUCUGGACAAUGGCUCUCCUGAUGCUGUGGAGGCUUCCUGGGUCCUGUCCUUGGCCCUUAAAGGCCUCUACAACACACUCAAGAAGCACGGAGUGGAGGAAGCUCAGGAGGCCAUCCAGCAGUCAGGACUGACUCAGCUGCUGGUGAGGAAGUGCAGCAAGGGGACGGGCUUUAGCAAGCUGUGGUUGCUGCGAGAUCUAGAGAUCCUCUCCAUCAUGCUCUACUCAUCAAAGAGGGAGAUCCACUCCAUGGCCCAGGACCCCGAGCGAGACCAAAGAGAGCAGGACAAGGAGCACGACUCGGACCACUCCAGCUGCUGUGCCGAUGAAACUGACGUCAACAGGCCCGACCCCUUGGAGGGUCUCGAUGAGGAGACAAAGAUUUGCUUCCAGAUCACCCAUGAUGCCUUAAACGCCCCUCUGCCCAUCCUGCGAGCCAUGUAUGAGUUGCAGAUGAAAAGAACCGACUCUUUCUUCCUGGAAGUGCAGAAGAGAUUUGAUGGAGAAGAGAUAAAAACUGACGAGACAAUCCGUACGCUGGCUCAGAAGUGGCAGCCCAACAGGCGGCCUAGCUCUGAGGAGAGGAACACCAAGGCUGUGGACACUGAUAUGAUUGUGGUGUCCUGUGUGUCUAAACCCAGUCACUGUGAAAAGGCCACAGAGGAGGUCAACGUCGUGGCCCAGAAGCUCAUCACCAAUUCAGAGAGCGACUUACAGCUCAGCUACGCCAAACAGAGGCGCACGAAAAGCUCAGCUCUUUUGCACAAGGAACUGGAUGUGCGUAGUAAUCGGGCAGUCCGUCAGUAUCUGGUGAAAGUCAACCAGGCCAUCGCGACAUUGUACGCCCGCCAUGUGCUGGCUUCGCUGCUGGCUGACUGGCCUGCGGAGACGGCACUGAGUGAAGAGGCCCUGGAACUGAGCGGAGCCUCACACAUGGCCUACAUCCUGGACAUGUUGAUGCAGCUGGAGGAGAGGCCGCUCUGGGAGAAGAUUCUUCAGAGGGUGCUUAAAGGUUGCAGUCAGAGUAUGCUGUGCAGUCUCUCGCUCACUGCUUGCCAGUUCAUGGAGGAGCCAGGUAUGGCCGUGCAGGUCAGAGAGUCCAAACACCCAUAUGACAACAAUACCAACUUUGAGGACAAGGUGCACAUCCCAGGAGCGAUCUACCUUUCAGUAAAAUUUGACUCGCGCUGCCACACAGAGGAAGGUUGUGAUGAGCUCAUCAUGUCCAGCAGCAGUGAUUUCCUCCAGGAUGUCCACAAUUUCAGUGGCUCCCCUCAGAAAUGGUCCGAUUUUGAGAUCCCUGGUGAUACCCUGUACUACAGAUUUAUGUCGGACAUGAGCAACACAGAGUGGGGCUACAAGUUAACCGUGACAGGAGGUCACAGAGGACGAUUCCAGACAGGGUUUGAGAUACUGAAGCAAAUGUUAGCAGAUGACCAAGCGCUCAGUCACCUGCCACUAGCUGACAUAUGGGAGUGGCAGGUGGGCGUGGCCUGUCGCCAGACCGGGAACCAGCGACUCAAAGCCAUUCACUUGUUGCUCCGCCUCCUACAGUGUCAAUCACAGACAGCGUGUGAGCUGACGCUGCUGCGACCUCUGUGGCAGCUAUUCAUAUCGAUGGAAAACAGCCUGAGCCAGGAUCCCACCGGCAUCACUGUGCUGCUGCCUCUUCACAGAGCCCUCACCGAACUGUUCUUCAUUGCAGAGGCCCGUGCUAUUGCACAGGGCAUCCUCCAGGAGUACUUAUUAGCCAUGACCACUGACGAGCAGCUCCUCAAUCACACUGCAAUGGCUCUGAAGAACAUUGCUGCCAUCAGCCUGGCUAUAAAUUACCCCAAUAAAUCUACCAAGCUACUCAACAUGUCCCCCUGAGAGAGAUCUGCUGAGAGGAACGAGGACAGCGACCUGUAGGGGACACGUCCUGACUCAGCUAAGUUCGCUCUGAACAAGGAACAGAGCGGCGAGGGAGGAAAACCUCUCUGACCACCCAGUGCUUACCCUCUAACAGGACCCCCGCUCUCCACGCUGGUAACUCACUGACGCACUGUGGACAUGGGCUGCGGUGGUGGUGGUGGUGAGGGAGGGGGGGGGACUCGCAGAGCACUUUCCACUCUUACUCACAAUCCUUUUUGCCUUAGGUGAGUCCAGUUUAUCAGCAUGUCCAUUCACUGGAACAGGAACAAUAUCUUUUUUGUUUAGUUUUUUACGUUUUUACUUGAAGAUGCCAUGCUUGAGGACAUGAAGUGUGCCAAAUUUGCAACCUUUACAACCUUUUUUUCUCCCCCACCCCCUUAACAGCAGCCACUCCGGGUUACAUAGUUGAUCAUGCCGAAAACAGGUCACCUUGGCAACUUGCAUGUCUCAACGGACAUGUAGAGCAUCCUAAAAAUACUGUCCAGGACAGUGGAGUCUCAUUUGUCACCACAGGGAGAAAGAACUGACCUACAAGCUCAUUCCGCUCCUUCCUUCCUUCCUUCCUUCCGUCCUUCUGUCCUUUUAAGAUGUACUUCCUUUCGUCCCACUCACCUUCUCACGCUCUCAUUUUGCUUUUCAGACAACAGAAGUAGUUGAUGGUAUUUUAGAGGGUUGCCUUUGCAAAGAAAGAUCAGUACAUUAUCAAAAAUAUCCAAAACUUGUAAUCCAAACUAAGCCCCACUUUCAAACUGAAAAGGAUGAAGAUGAUACUCAUUUAGCCAUAAUCUUUGCAUAGGAGGACAAUUAACAUUACAGCUGAGGGAAAACACUCUUGCAAUGCAUUCCUCUCAAUUAUAGGAUUUUAACCCCCCCAACGAGUAAGUGAAUGAAAGGCAAUGAUGCCAAAUAAUCAUGGGAAUAAACAACAUCAGAAUUGUUAUUGGGACAUCCAGAAUUUACGGUUUUAUCCGCACAUUUAUUUAAUAUAUACUGUACGUUUCAGCAGUUAAGCAUCAAGAUGUUUUCACAGCAGUGAAAGCAAAGCUGAAUUGAUUCCCUUCCCCACCGUACCUUGUGUGUCAUGAAGAAUUCAAGAAAAACGCAAAUAACUUGUUUCCCACUAAUACACAGAUGGACACUCACAUCCCUGGAAAUACUCUUUGUCAAGAAUCUUCAAAAAGAAAAAGUGACUGUAAAAUACACUUACUCACCACUUUCAUAAUUAAUAUUUGUUAAGCUGCAGGUUGUUUCUUAGAUACUGAUUUACCUCAUCUGUUGUUAUCGCACAGAUAAUCUGUGUGGAGCUUCCUUAGAUGAGUGUGACUUCUGCAUCGCAUCACAUUGACUGCACAUGUGACAAAGCUGAGAUGCAGCGGUAGCCACAUCACUCACAUGUACUGUCAUUUCACGUAGAGGAAGCGCCUGGUUUUGUCUUGUUGGUAAAUCUAAACAUCAGUUUGAAAGAGAGGGAGUAAAUAAGGUUGUGUUUCCCAAUCAUUACUGCAUUAGUUCCAGAUGAAGUAGUUAUUAUAGCCGUGGGACGUCAUGGUGGUUUUAUACCAAAGAAACCAGUCAUUGUGAGCCAUGAGAGUCUCUGUUCAUCACUUAUCACAUUGCGACCCUGUGUGAAGCUGGAGCAGAGGAAACCAUUAGACAUCGUUCUGCUUUUUUUUUUUUCUUCUUCUUUUAAUUUAUUUUUAUUUUUUACUUUUAAUUUUGAACUGGUCCCCACAAGGACCGUACGAUAGCUCAGUGGUUUUGUUUACACAAACAUCAGCUGCAGUGAGGAAAGAGGAAGACACGCAUUUCCUCCAUUUGGCUUCUACGACGCCUCGCCUAUCUACAACGUGCCUAUGGUUAAAAAUGAAGCAAUCAUAAUUUAACUCAUGUUAGUGGAAAUAGUUAUUAAUUCUAUUUUAAAGAGAAAUAUAUUGUUUAAUUUGAAAGUUUUUUGUAACUUUUUACUUUUAAUGUUGGUUUCUCUUUUCGCGAGGAUACUUGAUUUUUGAAGCUGACUAAUUUGAAUGUACAUAUCUGUGAAUAUUAAUGCACAAGAGAAGGACUUUGAUAUCUACCCCUUACAAAUAGAAACUUUAUUGGGCACUAACAGGUGGACACUGAUUUUGAUUUUGUAUGCAUGGCACAUUGAAGGUUUAAAAAGAAGUUUGGGUUGAAAUGUGAUUCAUUUGUAAUUAAAAUAGAAAUUACUUCAGUA